CCGGGCUCAUGCCUCCUAGCGAAUAGCCCCCCCUUCUCCCCCUUGCCUCCUCCCUCCUUCGCCGCCUUUGCUUGCCGGCCCCACCCCACACGCGCACGCGAUCUCGCCCAAAGGCAGCAUACGGCACGGAUUCGCUGCACCUGCCCUGGCCUUUUUCCUGGCCCCUCCCCCCGCUCUCCGGUCCUCCUCCCUUGCGUAUGUCCCUGGUCCGCGCAGCUGCCCGACUCGGCGGAGGCGGCCUGCGACCGCCUGCGGUUCCCCUUGGCACAUUUGCACUUGCCGGGCGCCGGGGGUGCCCAGCCCCUGCCUCGGCUCUCCGAGCCUUCGCCACCGGAGCGAUGCCACGCGAGAGCGAGCCUACGCCUCGGCCACGAGUGCCGCCCGGCCUGGGCUUUGGCGACCCGACCGUCGCGCCGCAGCCGGCCAACGUCCACAUGACGCCGCUCACUCGGCCGGACACUCGCCCGAUGGCCGGCACCCAGUCACAGACGUCCGAUCCAGUCCGCCGGAACGCCGUCGGCAUUCAGAUGCUCUCGCGGAGUCUGCACGAUCAACUUUUUUUGCGCAAGAAAGGCCGGGACAUUUUGGCCCAAGCCCCCGCUGGCCGGCCCCAGUGGGUUGGCUACUCCGACGGCGGCGCCGCCUCAGCCGAAAUGUCCACCGAUGGGUUCCGCCUGUCGGCCGAAAACUUCCGCACCAUCAAGGAAGUGCUGACAGCGCACCGGCUGUGGAACCCGCCGACCACCGAGCCCGGGUCCACUCCUCCUGGCGACCCGACGGUGGACUUCCACCUGCCACCCUUGUACGGCUCCACCGUGGCCGAGCAUCUGCAAGAGAUUGGUCAGCAGCAAGCGGCCCCCGUGUUGGAUCGGGUGUCCCUGCUCCUCGAGCGACCGGCCUCCUCCAUUCCCUUUCCAUCGACCUGGCGCGUGGCCCCAGGAUGGUCCUUCUACCCCUUCAUCAAGGAUGGCAACACGGACACCAUCGGUGAGGGAGUCCCUUACACGGACCCGCUCCCCUCGUCGCUGGUCUUCGAUGUGGAGGUAUGCCCGGCAGACUCGCCCCAUCCGAUUGUGGUGGCUGCCCUGAGUCCAGGGCUCGGGUGGUUUACGUGGCUUUCGAAUCGCUUCCUGGAUGUCGGCCAGUCGCCGCCGGAGCUUCUCCCCAUCGGCCCGGCCCCGGGCGACGGCCCGCGACUGCUUGUCGGGCACAACGUCGGCUUCGAUCGAGCCCGCGUGCUGGAGGAGUAUCACCUCACCCCCUCGGAGGACGUGUACCUGGACACCAUGAGUCUGCAUAUGGCGGUGGCCGGGCUGACCAGCCUGCAGCGCGCCCAGUGGAAGCGCCAUCGGAAUGAGCCCGACCCGGUGUUCAGCUCGCCGGAAGAGGCCGAGGAGGAGGCCCUGCACUCGAUGCUCUUUUCGACGCACGAUUCGCAGACAGACUGGAAGGGCUCCGGCUCGGCCAACAGCCUGGUCGAUGUGUAUCGGUUCUACGUCGGCGGGGAGCUGGACAAGAGCGACCGGAACUACUUCCUGAUGGACUCACUGGAGGCCCUGCGCAAGGCGGUCGAUGUGCCGGCCCUGCUGGCCUACACGGCCGGCGAUGUCCUGGCCACGCUGGCUGUCUUUCAGGCGGUCUUCCCCCGGUUCCAAGCCAAGUGCCCGCAUCCGAUUUCCCUGGUGGGCAUGGUGGAGAUGGGCAAGUGCUACCUGCCGGUGACGGAGAACUGGGAAGAGUUUAAGGCCUCGGCCGAGUCUCGGCUGGUGGAUAUGCAAAAGCAGUCGGCCACCGGGCUGUAUCGGCUGCUGGAUGAGUCUCUGGCCGCCGGGCCGCCGCUCAUGAUGCCCGAGGGGCCCUAUUCGCCUGAGGCCCUGCUGGAGGGGGAGAACUCGGCCGAGUGGCAGGAGGCCUUUGCCCGGUCGGCCGCCAGCAAGGAUCCCUGGCUGAAGCGCCUCGACUGGACGCCCAACCCCCUGCGCAUGACCAAACCCAAGUACAAGAAGGACGGCUCGUAUGCCAAGGGCGGCGAGCCGCGCCCGGUGUCUCGGCAGCGCCUUCCCGGCUACCCCAGCUGGUUCCGGGAGCUGUGCCCCUCGUCGGAGCCGGAGCCGCGUGUGACCACCCGAACGCGCAUUACGCCGUACCUGCUGAAGCUCCAGUGGCAGGGGUUCCCGCUGCACUAUGUCCCGGACCAGGGGUGGGGUUUCAUUGUGCCGUACGACAAGGUGGACAGCAUCCAGUCCAAUGCCUCGCCGCUUCCCCUGGACCCGGACGACCCGAAAUCGGAAUGCUUCUUCCCGAUCCCGCACAAGGAUGGCCCGGACGCCCGGUGCGGGAAUCCCCUCUCCAAAGACUACCUGUCGGCCAUCGAGACCGGGCUCCUGACAUCGGUGUACCCGGUGGCGCGGGAGGUGCUCCGGUCGAAUUCCGUCUGCUCGUACUGGAUGUCCGCUCGGUCGCGGGUCUUCCAGCAAUUUGUGGCGUACGCCGAGGAGCCCGGCUUGCAGGGCUGGGCCCAGGGGUACCCGAUGGCCGGGAGGCUGCUGGCGCCGCGCCAGGGAGAGGACGACCCCCGGGGCCCGGCCAUGACAGAGGCCGAUCGGCAGGCCGCGCUGGCCGAUCUGCCCCUGGGGUCUGGCGUGCCGGCCGCGGCGGAAGACCACCCGGCCUCCGGCCCAACGGCCUGGACGUCGGCCACGCGUGGCCGGGAUGGCUACCGGCUGGGUGCCAUCAUCCCGAAGGUUGUCACCGCCGGCACGGUGACCCGGCGGGCGGUCGAGCCGACCUGGAUGACGGCCAGCAACCCGCGCCCGGGCCUGCUGGCAUCGGAGCUGAAGGCCACGGUGCGCGCCCCGCCGGGCUACGUCUUUGUCGGGGCCGACGUCGACAGCCAGGAGCUCUGGAUCUCGGCCCUGCUGGGCGACGCGUCGCUCGGCAUCCAUGGGUCCACGGCCUUCGGGUGGAUGACCUUGCAGGGAAGCCGCAAGGCGGGGACCGAUUUGCACAGCCGCACGGCCGAAAUUCUCGGCAUCAGCCGCGACCAUGCCAAGGUCUUCAACUACAGCCGAAUCUAUGGGGCUGGGCAGAAGCACGCCAUCCAGCUGAUGCUGCAAUUCAACAAGAGCCUCACAUACGAAGAGGCCUCUCGCCGGGCCUUCGAGCUGUAUCGGCAAACCAAGGGCAGCCGGCAGCCGGCCAACAACCAGCCAGCCACUCGUCCCGGCACCUGGCGGAAGCGCCAUGCCACCACCAAGACCGUCUGGCACGGCGGCACGGAAUCCUUCAUGUUCAAUGCCCUGGAGCGCAUUGCCACGUCGCGCAACCCCCGGACGCCGACUCUUGGCUGCGCCAUCUCGGACGCACUGCACCCGAGCACGGUGGGCACGAACUUCAUGACCUCGCGCGUGAAUUGGGUGGUCCAAUCCUCCGGUGUGGACUAUUUGCACAUGCUGCUGACGUGCAUGCGCUGGCUGUUGCGCAUGCACGGCGGCGACCUGGAGCGGUCCACUCGCUUCAUCAUCUCCAUCCAUGAUGAAGUGCGCCUCAUGACACGCGAGGAGUAUGCCCCGCAGGUGUCGCUGGCGCUGCAAAUCAGCAACCUCCUCACGCGGGCCAUGUUCGCCGAGAGCGUCGGCAUGCCGGACUUGCCUCAGUCGGUGGCGUUCUUCAGCGCGGUGGAUGUGGACCAUGUCCUGCGUAAGGAGGUGGACCUCACUUGUGUGACCCCGAGCAACCCCCUCCCCCUGGCCAGCGGCUACCGAUUGGACAUCCACGACACGCUGGCCCUGACGGCUGGCGGCAAAUGGCCGACCGAGACGCCAUGAUAGGCCCCCCCCCCCCC